AUGGCGCCAUCAAUUCCACCAGCAUCUCCUGUCUUUGUAACAGCCCUCCAGAAGCAGCAACAAGAGUCCACUCGUAGACGCCGUGAACAGCGAGCCUUCAACAUUGCACACGGAACUCCAGCCGCGUCCAUAGCUUCUCUUGGAAUCCCGAAGGCGCCUGUGACGCCCGCAAUUUACGCCAUAGAUCCCGUCACAAAUGAACCUUUUGAGCAAGUCCACGAACGCCUAGUCGAAGCCGCAUAUAUAGCCGAUCCAGGCUACUUUGUUCUUACCAGGCACGGCUGCAUCUACCACUUCUGGCACCGGUCUGAGACCUUCCUACGCGAUCAGCGCACGCUCUUCAUCCAUCCGAAUCUGGCGUUCAAAAUCGACUGUCGGGACCCACAGCGGCCAGCGACGUACGCGUACAUCUACACGCGCUGGUACUUCACCUAUUUCAUGAAGCUGCCCUGGCCGGACCUUGUGAGAUUUGCUAGGGAACAUGGUCUGAUCACAGGCGAGCAAUGUGACUUUCUAGGCAAGCCAGGCUUGCGCCUCUGCAUUUGGCACGCUAGGCAACACUUCGAGGAGACGAAAGAUAGAAAGACCACAGAAACACUCCUCGAUGAGUUGGAUUGGGAUGCGGCAGUGCCGUAUUGCCAACUUCGCAAUGAGCGUCCCUACAAGGGCGAAGACGUCUGGAACGGCUUCUGGCGUGCGCCUCCGCCCAAACAGUACGUCCGUCUCCCGUCCAAGGGCCAUCCGAAAUACCCGUUGCCGCGUUGA